GUAUUUGCCUAUGCGCUGUGUGCGAUAGCAGCAGCCAAACAUGGUGUUGUACUUCUAGCAUUUGAGGUGAUAGUUUUAUCUUUGGGGGCAAUAUGAGUACUAGUUGCAUCAGUGCCACCAUCGUACAGCAUGUUAUUAGCCUGUUCACGUCGGUUACGUAGUUUACGUCAUGUUAAAGUUCAGGUGAGGCUCUUAAAGUCUAAUACCACGUGCUGGGUCGAUGCUGUCUCCGCCCCUCGCCCCCAGGACCAGUGAGUGAGUGUUUGUGAGUUGCGACAGACUUCAACUUGCUCCUGUGGUGGUGGCAGAAUACGCUAGCCUGAAGACAUGCGGGUGGCAGUGAUUGGAGCUGGAGUCAUUGGCCUGUCAACAGCUCAGAGCAUCUAUGAGCAGUAUCACUCUAUUGUCAGUCCACUGACCAUCGAGGUGUAUGCAGACCGUUUCACUCCGCUGACCACCAGUGAUGGAGCUGCUGGCUUCUGGCAGCCCUACCUGUAUGAUAAGGGCAACGUCCAGGAGACGAAAUGGAAUAAAGAGACAUUUGACUACUUGCUUAACCACCUCAGUUCACCAGAGUCCAUAAAAAUGGGUAUAUUCCUUCAGUCUGGCUACAACCUCUGCACUGAACCAGCCCCAGAUCCCUCAUUUAAAGAUAUUGUCCUGGGCUUCAGACGGCUCACAGAUCAAGAGCUGAAGAUGUUUCCUGGAUACAAUUAUGGGUGGUUUAACACUGCUCUCAUGGUUGAAGGAAAAACAUACUUACCUUGGCUGAUGGACUGGUUGCAAAAAAGGGGGGUGAAAUUUUACCACAGGAAAAUAGAGUCCUUCAAGGAGCUGGCAGAAACCGGGGCAGACGUGAUCAUAAACUGCACUGGACUAAGAUCAGGAGAACUCCAGCCAGACCCAGACCUGAAACCAGGCCGCGGUCAAAUAGUGAAGGUGGAUGCACCGUGGUUGAAGCAUUGGAUUAUUACCCACAACUUUACAGCUGGAGUCUACAAUUCACCAUACAUCAUUCCAGGGAGCCGUCUUGUGACAGUUGGUGGGACUUUCCAGUUAGGAAACUGGAGUGAAAUGAACAACUUCAUUGACCAUAAGAAAAUCUGGGAGGAUGCCUGCCAGCUCGAGCCCAGUCUCAAGCAUGCCAAGAUAGUGGAGGACUGGGCCGGCCUCAGACCUGUUCGCAGUAAAGUCCGACUGGAGAGGGAGACCAUACAGUCUGGUGCAACUUCAGUAGAGGUGAUACACAACUAUGGCCACGGAGGUUUCGGACUCACCAUUCACAGAGGCUGCGCCCAGGAGGCAGCGAGGCUCUUCGGUCAGAUCGUAGAACAAAAAGGCAAAGGUCCAAAAGCUCGCUUGUAAAUUUGUGUCCUGGACUAGUGAUUAGUCCACUUUCUUCUAAUUUCAACUCAAAUGCCUUAUAUCCAGUGGUGCACAAACUGCUCUUGUCUAAACCAACAUUGGAAGCAAACAGAUAAUCAGUAUAAUUAUUUUAAAAAGUUACAUAUCUAAGGUUCUCACUAGAUGUAGAAGAAGUAGACAAGCCUACUGAUAAUGAUUAUUAGUGAUAGAGUCACUCAUUAGAUUUUUUUAAAAUAAUAAAUAACAACAUAAAUCCACUUCUCUUUUUGAAAGAUUAUUUACUAUAGUAUCAUACACAUUUACAUCCAGUGCACUGACAAGAAUCUGUGCACACACACACUUAAUGCAGCACUAUAUCUCAAACACUGGCAGGUAAGAGUCAGCUUGCUGGACCUGUGCAAGUUAAUCUUUUUUUCUUUCCUUUUUUUUUAAACAAAACUUUGCUUAGUGUCUUACUUGUAGAAUCACACUGGGCAAAGUCUGUGUCCACAUCACCUUUGUUACAAACAAAAGCAAAGACAACAAUUAAACCAGGUAUUGAUAAAUUAUUUACAGAGAGACAGAAAGGAACAUCCUGCUAAAUGGUUUUAUAUUCAUGUGUAGGUCUAUAUGUGCGCAAAGUCUCAAAGUCUGGUAAAGUAGAGCAAGAGGUGCAGCAUGGUUUAUAGAUCAUAACACCAUGUACUCAAGUUAAAUCAUGUAACUUUUACUAACUAGGAAUGGUUUUGGGUGAUGAAAUCUCAUAUUUGAAUUCCGUAAUACUUCAACAUUAACUUACACAGCCCAGGAUCUGUGGACUCUUUCCAUUUGUGCUAUAAUUAAUAAUGAUUUCUCUGACAUUAUG